AUGUCACCGGUCACGAUCAAGACUUUGGUACCCUGCCCUGACACCCCUCCAAAUCUUCUGGGUCCAGUCCAUGUGGAGUUUAAUUCUACACGGACUCUGGAUGAGGUGAGAGAGGAGGUUGGUUCUCCUCUUCGGUUAGGAGGAUGGCACAAACCACCAGACUGUAUCGCCCAACAGAAGGUGGCGAUCAUCAUCCCAUUCAGAAAUCGGCAUGAGCACCUUAAGCACUGGCUGUAUUACCUCCAUCCUAUUUUGAUACGACAGCAGUCGGACUACAGAGUGUAUGUCAUCAACCAGGAUGGAGAGGGAGUGUUUAACCGGGCCAAAUUGAUGAACAUAGGCCACGCUGAAGCACUGAAGGAAUAUGAUUUUGACUGCUUUGUCUUCUCUGACAUAGAUCUGAUUCCUAUGGAUGACCGCAACCUCUACAGAUGUUUUGACAGUCCUCGACACUUGUCUGUGGCUGUAGAUAAAUUCAACUUCAGGUUACCCUAUCGUGGAAUGUCCAUUUCCCGACCUGACAUGGUGACAGGAAAGUACAGGAUGAUCAAACAUAAGAGAGACCCGCACAAUGAGAGUAACCCAAAGACUUACAGCAAACUGAGGCAAACCAGGCAGACCAUGGAUAAAGAUGGGAUUAAUACCUUAAAGUACACAGUCAAGGAGAUUGUGAAGGAUAAACUGUACACGUAUAUUACUGUGGAUAUUGGAGCUCCGGCAAAGGUGUAG